UCCCUCCGCUUCUGUUGCUUUAUAAUUUCGACGGAAAAGAAAGAAGGAAAGCUCUGCACAGAAUUAAAAAUGGCGACUCUGGUAGGAUCGCCAUGGAUGAGAAUCAGGAUUUUUCCGGAGGUAGCUCCUCCGUUCUUCCGUCAACCAUCUAUAUACAAACUGUAUUUCUCCCCUUUUCGGAGGAAUUUCUCUAUUUGCGCUUCUGCAAAUCCUUGUGGCUCUCUUCCCAAGAGGGCUGAAGGGGAAGUUCGUGUUCGUUUUGCUCCUUCGCCGACGGGGAAUCUCCAUGUAGGUGGAGCAAGAACAGCUCUCUUCAAUUACCUAUUCGCGAGGUCCAAGGGUGGAAAGUUUGUUCUUCGUAUAGAAGAUACUGACUUGGAGAGAUCUACGAAAGAAUCUGAGGAAGCAGUGCUACGAGACCUUUCAUGGCUUGGUCUUGAUUGGGAUGAAGGUCCUGAUGUUGGUGGAGAUUAUGGCCCAUACAGGCAAUCGGAACGAAAUUCUUUAUACAAGCAAUAUGCUGAGAAGCUUCUGAAGUCUGGUCAUGUUUAUCAGUGUUUCUGUUCUAAAGAGGAACUGGAAAAAAUGAAGGAGAUAGCAAAACUAAAACAAUUGCCACCAGUCUAUACGGGACGGUGGGCCUGUGCAACAGAUGAAGAAGUACAAGAAGAACUGGAAAAAGGAACACCUCAUACAUACCGCUUCCGUGUGCCAAAGGAUGGAACUCUAAAAAUUGACGACCUUAUUCGUGGUGAAGUCAGUUGGGGCUUAGAUACACUUGGAGAUUUUGUGAUCAUGAGAAGCAAUGGCCAACCUGUAUACAACUUCUGUGUGACAGUAGAUGAUGCUACCAUGGCUAUCUCACAUGUUAUAAGGGCAGAAGAGCAUUUACCCAACACCCUAAGGCAAGCACUUAUAUACCAGGCUUUAGGAUUUCCAAUGCCUCACUUUGCACACGUAUCGCUAAUUCUUGCUCCUGAUAGGAGUAAACUGUCAAAACGUCAUGGUGCAACUUCAGUGGGUCAGUUCAGGGAGAUGGGAUUUUUGUCAAAAGCAAUGGUGAACUAUCUAGCACUCUUGGGUUGGGGCGAUGGUACUGAAAAUGAGUUUUUCACCCUUGAGCAUCUUGUCGAAAAAUUUUCAAUUGCUCGCGUCAACAAGAGUGGGGCUAUAUUUGAUUCGACAAAGUUAAGGUGGAUGAAUGGUCAGCAUUUAAGAGCUCUUCCAUCAGAAGAGUUGAUGAAGCUUUUAGGUGAACACUGGAAGAGCACCGGGAUCCUCACAGAAUCAGAAGGGCUGUUUAUAAGAGAAGCUGUUGACCUACUCAAAGAUGGGAUCGAUUUGGUAACUGAUGCAGAGAAAGCACUUUCAAACUUGCUAUCAUAUCCAUUGUAUGCUACUCUGUCAAGUCCUGAGGGAAAAUCUGUUUUGGAAGACAAGCUUUCUGAAGUUUCAGCCAGUCUGCUAGCUGCCUAUGACAGUGGAGAGUUCCAUGCUGCACUUGAAGAAGGCCACACUGGUUGGCAGAAGUGGGUAAAGAACUUUGGCAAGUCACUGAAGCGCAAGGGGAAAUCUCUCUUCAUGCCUCUUCGUGUGUUGCUGACCGGAAAGCUUCAUGGCCCAGUCAUGGGGGCAAGUGUGAUUUUACUCCACAAAGCUGGAACUUGUGGGGUGGUUACUCCUCAAACAGGUUUUUUGACAUUUGACGAAAGGUUCAAAAUGCUGAGGGAGGUUGACUGGAACACAUUUAACAAGGAUCAAACUCAUUUAGAAUCUGCAGCCAUUGUAUCUCACUAGGCUUGGUUUUGACUUUUGAUUGCUUAAUGUACGAGUUAAUGAAAAAUUUGCAUGGUGUCACC